AUCCCCCCUUGCCGACCCCGGCCUGCUAUGGCUAGCGUGGAAAUGCUGAAUUUAGACGUUAGCUUCCUGACAGACAGCAGACGCAUGUGGGGUCACGAAAACACAGUUGAAGAUGGAGCCCGCUGCUGGAUGACAGCUGGAUAAACGGGCACUAUGGAGGAACCGUGGGAUUUUGAGUUUUUGUCCCGCAUCGCUGACAGCUGCUUGUCCUUCCUCUCCGAAUUUGUUGACGACUGGCUCGCCAACGAUAUGAGAGUCUGUAUAUUCAAAAUCCUACUCAGCUGGUUGAUUUUUAGUCUUAUCGCAAUUCACUUUGCAUGGAAAGUCUACGGGAAUACGGUGAACGAUAUGUAUUAUCGACAAGGGACUGGACAGAAUGGAGGUACACCUGAUACAGCACCUCACCUGAGUGGAUGGGAAAGCAGAGCAGGAGAGCCCCCAAAGACUCAUCGAGAUUAACAGGACAAUUGUGUUGGACUUGAGAUUUUAUUCAAGUGAGAGCUGGACAGUUUACAUCUCCCAGAGACAUUGAAUGCACCAUCAUGUUUUGCUGAUAAUAAAGCAUAGUCAGUGCAUUCAAGAUGCAUGCACCUUCUGGUGACUGCCCAGAGAAACAUCUGUUAUCACUUUUCAUGCAUACCAACAGUGACACACUGAUAUACGCUAAAUCCAAUAUAUAACCUGAGAAAUAUUUAUUUUGGCCUGUCAACAUUGGUCAUUGAUCUUGAUCUGUUUGGCGUAAUAGUCAAGAGGCUUCAGUACAAAUUUGAAAAAUACUGAUGGGUUUGUGUGUAAGUUAAGGGUGCUUUAAGAACAGUUUUGAGAGCAGACAUGAAUUUUUCCAUUCUGAAUAUGACCAAGAAAAAAGAAUUGGGACUUUAUUUGAAUGAUGUAUGGAAUGACUAAAAAGACUAUUUUUCAAGACAGGACACAGGAUCAAGUGGAUGGAUAUUUUUAAUGGUAAUCCUGACUUGCAUUAACAGGAGUAAGUGAAUGAUGCACAUGUGCCGAGUUAUGAUUAGGAAGAUUUUCAGUGGAUAUGUUUUUUUAUUUCUAUCAUUGCUAUUUCAUAAAUAAUGCACAUCUUCUACUGGAAUACAGUGUUGUGUUUCUCAUAACAUGUAAGGAGCAUUGUGUGCACUUAAUGGGAGAUACAGAGUGCCUGUUUAAAGUGUUCACCCCCCUGUGAGGUUUUCAUGUUUCAUUCAUGUUUUCAACAUGGACUCACAGCAAACUCCUGUGUGAAAGUGAAACAAAUCUCUACAAACUGAUCAAAGUUAGGUACAAACAGAAUAGAAAAUAAUUGAUUACACAAGCACAUUCACCCUUUUCAUGACACACCUAAAGUGCAUGAUUUGAAUACAAAUCACCUGUGUGUAAUUGAGGUGUGACAGAGGAUUUUACAAUAUGUAUCUGAAAGGACCAACAGCUGGUUAAUCAAAAGUACUUGAGCAGCUUUGCAAAGAAGAAUGGGUAAAAAAAAAAAAAAAAAAAAAGCAAAGUUCAAAUAUGCAAAGCUAAAACAGGCUGUAAUUGCUGCCAAAAGUGCCUCUUCAUUUGAGGAGGGUGAACGUGCCCAAUUAAUUAUUUUUAUAUAUUUGUGCUCAGUACUAGUAGUAGUAAUAUGUGUCAAAAAGCUUAGGUAAAUCCACUGUGAUUUAAUGUAAAAUAAUAAAGCAUGAAAAAUGUGCAUUGUAUGAGCCAUGCAAUCAGCUACUACAACUGACAAGUUAUAAUACUGUUAUAAUGGUAAAGACUAGUCUGUAGUACAAGACAGUGUACUGCAGUGUGCAUUUACACAAAUGUUUAAUGAUGUACAUAGUCCUUGUCAAAUUAACUAAAUGUAGCUUGACUGAUAUUAAAUUGGUUGUGUUUGAAAAUA